AUGACCGGGACCGACACCGACCAAAGUACCAAAUCGCGUGGAUGCUUUCAAUGUACCAAGCGACGGAUUGUCUGCGAUAGGGCCGAACCUACCUGUCAAAAAUGCCUGAAGAAGGGGAUUGAGUGCAGUGGCCUCGGUCGCUUUCGGUUCGGCAAUGGGGUCGCGACGCGUGGGAAGUUGAAAGGCAGCCCUAUCCCCGUCCUCAAUGUCGACCCGGUCUCUGUUCACAAACAAUGCGUUCCUAUCGUCUCGCAGAUUCGAUGGUCUCAUGAGAGGAAGAAAAGGGUUAGCAAGAGUCGUGCUUCGAAGCCAGUCUCGAAUGCGCCAGUCGAUGGACAACACGAUGCCGUCGAACGGUUCUCUCCGAUGUCACUUGAAAACCGUCUUUUGCCACGCAGCGAGCCUGUAGUUGCCCUUCCUACGACGUCGACCUCGACUACAAUUGGUAUAGACGAAACAAACUUCGCGCACUAUUCCGCGACCUUGGUAUCGCCCGAAGAGGAUGUUGAGAAUGACAAAGCCGACAAGACCGCAAUCUUAACCAGAAGGAUGGACCAGGCAAUUCAGCCUUGGAUCGCUCCUUUGAGCUCACAAACCCGUGGACUAUUCCACUAUUUUGCCAGUAACAUCGCCCCGGUCAUGGUUUUGCUGGAUAUCUCCAAUGGCUAUCGCGAUUUCAUCCUUCCGAUGGCUUGUCAGGAUGAGGUGCUGCAGCGCGCUGUUGCCGUGGUGGCUGCUCAGCACGUUGGCCUCAGGCAACCAGCAUUACAUGCGGCAGCAGAAGCCGAUCGCUCCGUUAUUAUAUCCCGCUUGUUGCGGGCCUCCAACGUCGGGUCGCCCGAUCAGGUGUUCAACCCGGCUACAUGGGCAACAUUGCUCGUACUCCUCGUCGGGGAGACGGUGACUGGCAGCCCGGAGUACAAGUUCCUGCUCCAGACGCUGUUUACCAUGGCCAAGAACGUCAAGUCAUCGGGGCACCCUCAACUGCACGAGUUCCUUCUACGACAGACCGACAUGUUCUCAUUUCUGGGCGGGUCUCUACUCAACAAGGAUGAGGGCCUUAAGACCUUAAGCCAUCCCGUGGACUCCGGGGUCUGGUUACCGUCCAGCGUUCGUGCAGACGCUCAACACAAUAGAACACUCUGGCUGGCCAGGCGAUCAUUCACUAUUGGCGCCCAGAUCUACCUAAUGCGGAUGACAUCGAACGAAAGCUCAUGGCAUCUGCGGGAAGAGCUGCGCCGGCUAAUCGCUCAGGCGCAUCCGACGGAUCCGGGAGCCCAUGGGUUCGUCUGGCCAUGCUUUAUCGCGGCGGCAGACAGUACGGAGCCAGAACAUCGCGCGUUCUUCACUUAUUACAUGGGAGCCAUUCACUCGAACACUCUCUUCGCCAAUAUCACCAAGGCUAUUGAUGCAUUGCCUGCCAUUUGGAAAUCGACGUCGAAGAAGUGGACGGAGACUUUGCCGGAUGUCUCUCGGAUACUCAUUAUGUGA